UACGUAGAAUUUUAUUUGUAGACUUUUAUUGAGGACACAGGAAGAGCUUUUUCAUGGCGUUAAUCAAUCACUUUUAAAUUAUACUAAAAUCAGUUUUUAGGGUUUAUAUAUUUUGCUCUUUUCAAAUUCAUAACUUAAAUUUGAUACAUGCUAUACAUCUUUUUGUGUUAUCUGUUUCUGUUUCCAGGUCAAGAUAUUAUCUGCAUAAAUGGCGCAUAACAAUGCUGUUGGUGUUGAUAACACAUUUAGAAGAAAAUUUGAUAAAGAAGAGUAUUUGGAACGCGCUCGUGAGCGUGAAAAGGAGGAGGCUGAGGGCCGGUUCAAAUCAAAAUCAAAAGGUCCCCCUGUGCAAAGGAAGCCCUUGAAGCAUAGAGAUUAUCAAGUAGACCUCGACUCUCGAUUAGGCAAAACUCAGGUUGUUACUCCUAUAGCACCUUUAAGCCAACAGGCUGGAUACUAUUGUUCAGUAUGUGAAUGUGUAGUGAAGGAUUCUGCAAACUACUUGGAUCACAUCAAUGGAAAAAAACAUCAAAGAGCUCUGGGCAUGUCUAUGCGGGUAGAGCGGGCAUCUCUUCAACAGGUCCAAGAGCGAUUUGAAAGUCUCAAGAAACGGAAAAGUCCCGGUAGCUUUACAGAGCAAGAUCUCGAUGAAAGGAUAUUAAAACAGCAGCAAGAAGAGGAAGAAAGAAAGCGUCAGCGCCGGGAAAGAAAGAAAGAGAAAAAGAAAGAGAAGGCAGCUGAAGAGGAGGAAGCCGACAUUGAUCCUGAUGUUGCUGCCAUGAUGGGUUUUGGUGGUUUCCGUUCAUCCAAAAAGUAAUCAUAAUGUUUAGUCUUCCAGUCCUGCUGGAAAUGAGAGUGUAACCUUGGAGCCUCUUUAUUUUGAACAUUUGACAGUUCCCCAAGAGCACAACCUGCCCUCUCUCUGUGUAAAAGAGUUCAUGUUAUCCAAAUUUUCAAGAUUGAUAGUGAAAGUUUUAUGAAAGGAAUGUUGUGUUUGGUUGAAA